AUGGAUGUGAAAAAUGCCUUUUUGCAUGGAGAUCUUAAGGAAGAAAUUUAUAUGACUCCACCAUCAGGAUUAUUUUCUACACCCUCUUCUGAUGUUUGCAAACUAAAACGUUCACUCUAUAGUUUAAAGCAGGCUCCACGUGCUUGGUUUGACAAGUUCCGCUCUACGCUUAUUAACUUCUCUUUUGUCCAAAGUCAGUAUGAUUCUUCUUUAUUUCUGUGCAAAACUGCAAAAGGAAUCGUCUUGCUCCUGGUAUAUGUUGAUGAUAUUGUUAUUACAGGGUCCAACUCUGUCUUAAUUUCUCAGCUUCAAGAGCAUCUUCAGGGGUCUUUCCAUAUGAAAGACUUGGGAUCUUUACACUAUUUUUUGGGGCUUGAAGUACACUCUACUCCAGCUGGAAUUUUCUUACACCAACAUAAAUAUCUUCAGGGGAUAGUGGCUUUGGCUGAUCUACAGGAUGGUCGUUCUGUUGAUCAUCCUUUAGAGGUGAACGUUAAAUAUCGCCGUGAUGAGGGUGAUUUUCUCCCAGAUCUAUCUUUAUAUAGACAACUAGUGGGGAGCUCGAACUAUCUGACUAUUACCCGGCCUGAUAUUGCCUUUUCUAUUCAACAAGUUAGUCAAUUUCUACAAGCACCUACACAUCUUCAUUUGGCUGCAGUUCGACGCAUUAUUCGCUAUUUGCAUGGCACUUCUUCCCGGGAACUUUUCUUCUCUGCGGGCUCUCCUAUUCGUUUGGUUGCAUAUAGUGAUGCUGGUUGGGCUGGUUGUUCUGAUACUCGACGCUCAGUUACAGGUUGGUGCAUGUUUUUGGGUACCUCUCUUAUUGCGUGGAAAAGUAAGAAGCAAGAUCGGGUGUCUAAGUCUUCCACAGAAUCAGAGUAUCGCGAUAUGUCCUCUGCUUGUUCUGAAAUAGUUUGGCCUCGGGAACUGUUGGGUGAACUUGGGUUUUCCCAACUUGAACCUACUCCACUUCAUGCAGAUAAUACUAGUGCUAUUCACAUUGCUGCUAAUCCAGUAUUUCACGAAUACACCAAACACAUCGAAGUAGAUUGUCAUUCUAUUCGUGAGGCAUAUGAUGCUUGUGUCAUCACUCUUCCACAUAUAACUACUGAAUUCCAAAUUACUGAUGUGUUUACUAAAGCUCUCUCCCGACAUCGUCAUCACUUUCUUAUUGACAAAUUGAUGCUUGUUGAUCAUCCAGCAUCAAUUUGA